AUGAAUCACGCCACCACCUCCUCUUCUUCCUCCUCCACUUCCACCACCACCACGAAACGCUCCAAAGACGGAGAAAUCAGCGACGAAGUUACCAAAAAGUCCAAGAAAACCGAAAAUAUUGAUCAAGGAGAACACCCCGUCUACCGCGGCGUCCGACGGCGGAGCUGGGGCAAAUGGGUGUCGGAAAUCCGAGAGCCAAAGAAAAAAUCAAGAAUAUGGCUUGGGACAUUUGACACCCCAGAGAUGGCAGCUGGAGCCCAUGAUGUAGCCGCAAUUGCAAUCAAAGGUCACUCGGCUAUCCUCAACUUCCCCGAACUCGCUAACCAGUUUCCCAAGCCGGCUUCCAAUUCCCCUAGAGACGUCCAAGCCGCAGCACUCAAAGCCGCCACUUUAGUCCUUCGAAACCUUAAUUCCAGUAAAGACGAAUCGGAGCCGAGCCAGCUUGAGCUUCCAUGUACAUGUUCUUCAUCGUCACCUCAAAGUAACAUAACGGAUGACCCGUUUCUUGAUUUGCCGGAUCUCUUUAUGGAUCUCGGGAACCGGAUUCUCUAUACAUUGCCGGAGAAAUUUACCGGUAACAGUGAAUUCUGGCCAGAAGACCAUUUCUUGUGGAACUAUAUAUAG